AUGGUCCAGGCACAGGAGUACCAUCAAGUGAUUGGCCAGGAGCUCACUGGGGGGCAGCAGGAGCAGAGCCAGAGGCUGCACCUGCCCCAGGUUGUAAAUUAUGAUUGGGAUGAGUAUGGCUGCCUAAUGGAUCUUCAUUAUGCAAUACCUUUUCACCCUGAUAUUGCCUUAUAUGAUGGCAGCACAUUUGUUAAAACAGUUGAGGCAAAUUUUAUAUUAUGGGAGGUUCAGGGCAGAAGUGACUACAGCUACAACUCAUCUAUGAAGCAGGUGGGUUGUUUACGUGAAGCACAGACUUGGAUUUCAAUGCUUGAAGAACAUGAAAACAGUACAUUAGACGAAAUAUGGGGGCCACAGAAUUACAGAUCCUGCUUUGAAUCUGAACUUGGACCUCUAGGAGACCUAAAUCAGCUGUAUCAAAUUUUGAACCACUCUGGUUACAAUUCUCUCAUUUGGCCUACUGAGUACAGUGGCAUUUAUGUGUUCAGAGUGAAGAUAGUGGACCCAAAUUUCAGUUUUUGUGACUUAAAUACAAUCUUUGCAGUCCGUACAUAUGGCAUAGUAGAAAGUCCAAACAUUGGUAAGGUUGCUGGCUUUUCAAUCCUCAUACUGUCCAUUUUUGGGGGCAUCCUUGUUAUAAGCUACUUCAGGUAUGUGAAGAUUUAUCGAGCACUCAUUUAUGUUGAUCCACUCCCAUCACAUGACCAACAAGAUCAAACAAGAAAGACAGCACAUGAGUUGAAGAAGGACCAAUAA